GUUUGAACACUCAACGCGGAGACAUCAUUCCCCUGGAGGGGCAAGGGCGCUUUCAAAAGGAAGGCUACUCAGGUCGCUACGAGCCUAAUGCGUUUCAAAAGGUGUAAACAGGCACUCACACUGAUACAAUCGUCUCACACUCAAGGGUUUCAAUAAGCACACUAUAAUUGUCAACCAAGAAGACAUUCUCGUCGCUCUUGUUCCAACGGCUUCUGGCUGUGGCGCGCACUUGUCACAAGAAGUCAGAUCUCAUAGCUUUCAAGUGAGGCUUCCGGCUGGUUGAACCUUGGGUCCAGACAUUGAUACCUUGUGGACACAAGUGAGGGGGGGAGUUUUGCUUGGAGAUCAAGAUGGAAUUGUUGGGAAGGAACCGGUGUUUGUUGCUCAUUGUGGGCUGUUUCUGUUUCAGCUCGCUCUGCGUGUCAGCUGCAGCUAGCCAAUCGGGCGAAACAUCGAUCAUAGACGGACGAAUAAGGCUUGACGUGCUGAAGACAAAGCCAGCGUCAAUCAAAAUACUUCUCGACGGGGGCCGCUACGUCGCCUUUCCGAGGAUUGACGGCUACUUCGCAUUCUAUGACAUCCCUUCUGGAUCUCACAUCUUGGAGGUGGUGGCGCUCGGUUACUACUUCGCCCCGUUGAAGAUCGAUGCAAGUUCGAAGAGGGGAGAGGUCCGUGCAAGUAUCGCUGAGAAUCACCGGAGAGUGCUUCCGCAGCCGCUGGUGCUGACCCCCGUUAUGCCUGUCUUUUACUACGAGAUCCGGCAGCCGGUUACGGUCUGGACAUUUGCUAAGAACCCGAUGGUUCUCAUGAUGGCGUUCAGCCUGUUUGCAAUCUACGGCCUUCCAGCAAUGACGGCCGGCAUGGAUCCUGAAGAGAUCAAGGCCGUUCAGGAGCAAAUGAAGACUUCAGGAGGACUGGGGGCGCUUCUUAGCGGACAAUCCCCAACGCCAAAAGCUGUGAAAGCGGAAUGAGAGGCCCGUUUCUUGGACAGUCUUCUUUUCCCCUCUUUUAGUAAGGUUAUCUGCCAUGGCGAGGCCAUGCUUCAAUGCUCAUUUUUCCAGAACAUGUAAUACCUAUAUUGCGAUUC